AUUCGAGUAGUAGUUGUGAUGCGAGUGUGACGCAGCAGCGCUCUACCAAUCAAAGAUUCAAGAUUUUCGUAGUAGGUGCAACGAUUUCCUUUCUCGCUCUCCGUCAGUCCAGAAAAAACCAAGAGCACCCACAGCUUUUAGCUUCCACAGAGAAACGUCUCUACCUAACCUCCUCCGCCCAAAACCACGUACACCCAUCACUCUUCGAUUGGAAGACUGCCGGAAAGAAACGUAAAAAUCCAAUCUUUUUUUCCCACCCAUUUCUUGACUUGGCCAUCUCUAUUUGUUAGGACACUCGCUUCGCUGUCGAGGGCAGCUUUGGGACGACGGGUCGAGUUGUCAUGGAGUUCUUGCAAUCCCAAGAUUUCCAGAUUCUUGUGGGUGUCGCAGUGGCUCUUGUCGCCGUUGGAGUCGCUGUCGCCUACCUCAAAUCUGCCAUGAAACCAAAAGGAUGUUUGGAUCCUGAAAAUUUCAAGCAAUUUAAACUUGUCAAACGGACACAGCUAAGCCACAACGUGGCAAAGUUCACAUUUGAACUUCCAACGCCUUCUUCUGUUUUGGGUCUCCCCAUUGGACAACAUAUAAGUUGCAGGGGCAAGGAUGGCCAAGGUGAGGAGGUUAUCAAACCCUAUACCCCAACUACCUUAGACUCUGAUGUCGGAUACUUUGAGCUGGUCAUUAAGAUGUACCCACAAGGAAGGAUGUCACAUCAUUUCCGCGAGAUGCGCGAGGGUGAUUAUCUGUCUGUAAAGGGACCAAAGGGACGUUUCAAGUAUCAACCGGGCCAAGUUAGAGCUUUCGGUAUGCUUGCUGGAGGCUCUGGCAUCACUCCAAUGUUCCAGGUUGCUCGGGCAAUACUAGAAAACCCAAAAGAUAAAACGAAGGUGCACCUUAUCUAUGCCAAUGUGACCUACGAGGAUAUUCUUUUGAUGGAGGAGUUGGAUGGCCUUGCUUCUAACUACCCAGAUAGCUUUAAAGUUUACUACGUUUUGAACCAGCCUCCUGAGGGUUGGGACGGCGGUGUAGGAUUUGUAUCGAAGGAAAUGAUUCAAACCUACUGCCCUGCACCAGGGCCAGGAAUUCAGAUUUUGAGAUGCGGUCCACCACCGAUGAAUAAAGCCAUGGCUGCGCACCUUGACGGUCUCGGUUAUGCAUCCGAAAUGCAGUUCCAGUUCUGACCCUCAUCGAGCAAUAAACAUUCGAGCGGCCCAGAAUUUUCCUUUUCUUUUCUUUGCGGGGUCGGGAAAUGUUCUUUGUGCUAUUGUUCUGUGGUCUACAGAUAGACUUCAUCGUUCACGACUUUUUGAAUGGAAACAUGGGUUGCGGGCAUGUAUGUCGUGACUCCGGAAUCGACUUCCCUGCCAUUUUAUAAAGCUAACCCUGCAAUCUGUAUCUGGGUAGCAAGUGAAAUCGCUCAA